AUGCACUUCACACUCCCUGUCUUCUUCUCCUUUAUUAACCUAUCUCUCGCCCUCGCUGUCACCCCUUCCAAUCCCACCAACUCAACCGCCAAUACAACCUUCACUCCACCAAGCCGCUACUACCUCAAAACCAGCGUAAUCGGGGCCGGGAACGCCGACAAAAAUGACCUCUACGUCAGCAGCUAUCAUACCGGGCCUGGUCUGAGCGACGCCACCCUCCUCCCAUUCUCCCCCACCAGCAACACCGUCGGCUUCCUCAACGACACGCAUCAGCAGUUCGACCUGCACAGCUCCGUCCCCUUCGGCAUGAUCAUGGAACCCUCGGAGAAUCUGGACGUCGCGUGGAACUUUGUACGUAUCAACGAGCUUGUGUUCGAUGCAGGGUAUGGCUCAACGGACGGGUUCUCUUUCAACGCGUCAGGCUUGCAGUGGGAUGGGCGGGGAGCUGGAGUGUUCGUUGGGUGGUUGGCUUGCGAUUGGUGGCACGGCGUCCCGCAGCUCUUUUGGGAGUUUUUCUUUGUUCCGACGGGGAUUCCUAGUAGCUGUGCGCAGGUCGAGUUGCAUCCAGUUGCCGUGUAG